UUCACAUAUUCUCUAGAUUGAUCGGUGAAAGAAGAUCAGAAAAACACAGAAAUCAGACAACUCCAGAAAAUAUGGCAGCCAUGUUUAUCACAAGAACCGUCCUCUUUCGUUUCUCAAAGUCCUUCCCUCUCGCAAUCUCUCUCAGAUCCCACAAACCCUCAAGAAUCGUCUUUGCCUCUUCUUCUUCGAAUAACUACUCAAACUACAGAAAUACAGCAGAAGGAUCAGAUGCAAGAGUUUGGUCUUACAAUCCAGCGAAUGCAAGACGUGAAGAAGACGACAGAGACGCGGUCGAUAGGGUAAGAGAUGGAGCAGAAGAAGCGAAAGAGAAAGGUAAAGAGUACGCACACGACGCGAAGGAGAAGACGAAGGACAUGGCAGAGAAAACCAAGCAAUACGCUCAUGAAACUAAAGAAGAUGCCAAGGAUGCUGCAAAAUCCAUGGCCGAUAGAGCCAGAGAAGGAACGAGCAAAGCUUCAGAGAAAACAAAAGAGUACGCUUAUGACGCAAAGGACACAGCAAAGGACGCGGCUGAUACUGUAGCCGAAAAGACGAAGGAAGGGGCUCACAAGGCGGCGGACACCGCCGGGUACAUGAAAGAAAGAGCAAAGGAGAACGCCUCCGGGGCGGCGGAGAAAACUGCGGACAUGGCGCAGUCGGCGACGGAGAAGACGGCGGACGCUAUGAAGUACGUCGGAGAGAAGGCGAAAGAGACAGUGCAGGGAGCAUGGGGGGCGGCGAAGGACACGACGCAGAAGAUUAAGGAGACGGUGGUCGGAAAGGAUGAGACUAGCAGCGACGACGAGGACGAUAAAGGCAGUGGGUUGAAGAACGGGAAGGCCAUAGAUGAGGAUGUUGUGGAACUGAGGAGACAGGCUCGGAAGGGAAAUGAUGAGAGGAAGGGUUAUUAGGGGAAGAAGGAUACUUCGUCCUCAUGUUUCUUAAUUUCUGCAAAUAACAAGUUUGGUAAUGGUGUCAUCAAUUUGUCUCCACUGUAAUGGGUAUUUUGGGCCCACAAAAUCCUGUCUGUCAGGAGCAUUAUGCAAAUCCUGCACUCCUGCAAGUAUAUGUUUUUAAAGUAAUUAAAAAUAAAUUUAACCAAUAGAA